AUGGGACGCCUGGGGCUGCUGUUUGAGCUGCGGCAUGCAGAGACGAGGCCAGGUGAAACAGUGACGGUUGUUGGGGCUCGCACAGAGCUCGGAGCUUGGGACUGCUACACGUCUGGCUUGCAACUUCGCACCGGAGCUUCAUGCUAUCCUUGCUGGGCAAUGUUGGCACCGGUGUGGGUCUCGCCAGGAACGAGCGACUCCUCGGCUUCCUUGUGCCGCUCACAGGACCUCGACACCCCGGGACAUUCCGUUGCCAGUCCACGUGUUGUACGUGAUGCUUCUGUCAUCCCGGAAGAGCCGGAGGUGGUUUCAAGCGGCGAUAGUGGCGACGCAGAGUUUUCGCAAGCUUCGCACUUCAUCCAUGUCGAGUACAAAUACGUCAAGGAUCGCCGGCAAGUCAAGGAUUGUGGGCCGUCCAUCCAAUGGGAGGACAGCAUUGCCAAUCGAUUGGUAAGUUUGCCCUUUGAGCCGGGAAGCAUCUGGAUCAUCUCGGACUCUAAGUUCAACGAUGUGAGGGAACAGCCCAGAAUUGUUCGAACCACGCUGGUGGAGAUUUUGGCACGUCGAGACAAGCUGGACAUGGAGUUCCGGCAUUCGCUGCAGGAUGUCUCUCACUCUCCGGAGUGGAGUGGACGAGAACCUGAAGAUGACGG